AUGUCUGUCCCUGUAUUCUUUGAUCUCUCGGCAAUAGAGAAUAGUAAUCAAACAAUACUUCCUGAUAUCACUUGGAGAUAUAUAAUAGAGUUAUUAGCUGAUCAACAGUCUAGAUAUCAUCGACAUGACUGGAAUGUAUUGACACUCUCAUUGAUAUCACACUAUUGGUUGGUGAAAAUCAUUGCAAAAGUGAAUAUAAGAAUCACAACAUUGACAUCAAACACUGAAUUCAUUAAAAACUAUCCACUUUCAUAUGAAAGAUCAUUAUUAAAAUUAAAUAAUAAUAACAAUAAUAAUAAUAAUAAUAAUAAUAAUAAUAAUAAUAAUAAUAAUAAUAAUAAUAAUAAUAAAGGUUUAAAAUUUAAUCUAAGUAAAUUAACAUUAAUAUAUGUAAAUCAUAUCGAUUCUUUUAUACCUAUAUCUUCUUUAUCUCAAAAUGUAAAAUUAAAUCAUUUCCGUUGGAUAGAAGCCUACAAUGAUGCGUUGUCUAGAUAUUGGAGUGUAGAUUCAAUGACUAUCAUUAAUCUACCUGGUGAUCAGGGAGUCGAACAACUUUCAAUCACCAGUGAACUUAGAGAGCUGAGAAUCUACCUUUAUGCUUCAACAGCCAUAAGCUCUUUCGAUCUAUCGAAAAAGUGCAAUCUACUAUCGCUGUCGCUGACCGGGAAAUUCAAUCAUUACGAUCUCUUUGAGAAAGCCGAUCCUUCAUGGUUCCAUAGCAUCCAAUCAUUCCAACUGAAUCAUGUUCAAUGCAAAUGGGAUAUCAAAACGAGUGCGCUCGAUACGAUGAUCAAGAUCGAUCUAUCGGCUUGCUUUAUCAAUGUUACACAACUGAAACUUGGUCAUUCCUACCAUAGAAUUGCACUAUACUAUGCCAUAACCAAGAACAACGGCAAGCCAAUAUCAAUGUUAAGCGAACUGAGACAUCUUAGAUACCUAUCGAUUCGUGCCACUGUAAACAGUUUGUUAUUUUUCCUCAUGGACAUGGCAUCGAUUGGUCAUCAGCUUCACACUCUCAAGCUUAAAGUUGAGGAAUCAUAUUUCGAACGUUAUCUACUCUCUGCGUUCCGCCAUCUAUGCAACCUACAGAGACUGACCCUUGGGUUCUAUCCUCUCAAUGAUCCAGCAAUGAUAACUCAAAUAUUGAAAUAUACUACACUCACUCGUCUAUCAGCGAAAAUUACAGAUAACAGUAUACUUGAUUCAUUAAUAACAAAUAACAAAUCAAUUAUUUCAUUAAAGAUCUACAAUCAUCAGAAUUCAGCGGAAAGACAUCAACAACUUGUCAAGCUUUCUACAGAGAACGCAACCCUUCAGGACAUUCGUUUGAUGUGCAAUGAAAUCAACAAUGACAGUGUCAACACAUCGAAAAUAACUUAUAUAUUGCAAGAUAAGAAAUAUAAAUAUCCAAAGAGUCUAUAUAUAAUAGAGUUACUAGCUGAUAAUAAAUCGAGAUAUCAUCGACAUGACUGGAAUGUAUUGACACUCUCAUUGAUAUCACACUAUUGGUUGGUUAAAAUCAUAGCAAAAGCGAAUCUAAGAAUCACAACAUUGACAACAAACACUGAAUUCAUUACCAACUUUCCACUUUCAUAUGAAAGAUCAUUAUUAAAAUUAAAUAAUAACAUCAACUAUUCGAUCAUCAGCAAUAAUCAGUAUCACAGUAAAAAUGAUAAUAAUAAUAAUAACUACAAGUUCAUUUUAACAAAGUUAACUAUUAUUUAUGAACCUAGACUCUACUGUUGGAUAGAAACUUAUAAUGACGCACUAUACAAGUAUUGGAAAGUUGAUUCUAUGACUUUUAUUGAUAUACCUAUCAAACAGAGCAUAGGCGAUCUCAAAGUAGCUGGUGAACUUCGAAAGCUAAGAGUUUACCGAGGAGUGAUCAACUUCCAAAUGUCAAGAUUCCCAAAGCUAGAGAAGUUCUCAUUGAAACAAACUGAUGAACGCAACUCAAAAUCAUUUAAUAUCGAUGAUCAGAGUGAUAUCGAUUCACUUCGAUCACUUUCACUUGGCAUUCAUUUCAAUACGCAGACUCCAUUCAAUCAAGCACAGCCAUCUUGGUUCAAUAAAAUAGAGUCACUAGAACUUAACUACUUUGGAUUUAUAGACAAACCAAUGAUUGCCAUCGAUCUGUCGACUAGCUUUGCCAAUGUUACACGAUUGAAACUACAUAAUAUCUAUCCGAGAAUACAAGUUUUGACACUUAUUCCAACUCUACGUAUGCUACCUUCCUGUUGGAUCUACAAUCGAUCGGUCAUCAACUUCACACACUGA